AUGAUGGACGAUGACACCGAGUUGAGGACGGAUGGGAACUCCCUUUUGAAGGCCGUGUGGCUGGGCAGGCUCCGGCUGACCAGGCUCCUCCUGGAAGGAGGCGCUUACAUCAAUGAGAGCAACGAGAAAGGAGAAACGGCGCUCAUGGUGGCUUGCAUCACGCAGCACGUGGACCAGCAGAGCAUCAGCAAGUCCAAGAUGGUCAAGUACCUGCUGGACAACAGGGCUGACCCCAACAUCCAGGAUAAGUCGGGCAAGACGGCGCUCAUCCACGCCUGCAUCCGGAGAGCAGGCGGAGACGUGGUCUCGCUGCUGUUGGAGAACGGCGCAGACCCCAGCCUGGAGGACCGCACCGGGGCGUCUGCUCUGGUUUACGCCAUCAAUGCCGAGGACAAAGACGCCUUGAAGCAUCUCCUUGCUGCUUGCAAAGCCAAAGGGAAGGAGGUGAUCAUUAUAACGACCGACAAAUCGUCCUCGGGCACCAAAACCACCAAGCAAUAUCUCAACGUUCCUCCCUCCCCCAAAGUGGAAGACAGGCAGUCGCCUCCACUAUGCGCAUCUCCCUCUGAGGUCGAACUGGCAGCUGCGGGUCUUGGCUCUGCCCCCGGAGAAAAGGAAGAUGACUUCUUCAGCCAUCCAAGUGGCUGCAGUGCCGCCAAGGCCCUUCCAGAGCCCGGGUCCCCCAGCAGGAAAGUGGGCAACCUCAAACGGGCCCGUUUGCCCCAGCUCAAGAGGCUACAGUCUGAACCCUGGGGCCUGGUCGCGCCCUCCGUGUUGGCAGCCUCCGCUCGGCAGGAUGAGCUGCACUGCACUGGCACCGACAGCAUCGGCGACGUGUCCUUCUCGAAGAGGGGGCCCCUGUCCAGGACCAACAGCAUCGACAGCAAGGACCCCGCGCUGCUCCUCACCGUCACGGAGCAGGUGCUGAAGAUUCCAGCCUCCUCAGCUCCAGCAUCUUGGAAAGGUCAGGCUCCCCACCCACGCCUGGCCAGACGGGGAACGCUGCCCGCUGACCCAGAGAAAGGUGCCAUAGGACCCUGUGCUCUCAAGGAGCCGGCCUCGCUCAAACGCUUGGAAAACGACCUCUACAAUUUGGAUUUACAAGCAGGGGCCGAGCCACUCGACCCAGGCAAAGGACUGGUAGACAGAAAGAAGGUCACCAGCUCCCACCUAUCCCUCGAUGCGGCCCCCAGCACGUCUCCCACCGCCACGCGUCGGCGGCCUCCACACCUGCUAGAAAGACGCGGCUCUGGGACCCUGCUUCUGGACCACAUCUCUCAGACCAGGCCCGGUUUUCUUCCGCCUCUGAACGUGAAUCCGAACCCUCCUAUCCCGGAUAUUAGAUCAGGCAGCAAAGCCGCUUCCCCACUGGCCACAGGCUUGAAGUCCAUGAUCCCAGUUGCUCCAAGUUCACCCAAAAGAGUCGACUUGAGAAAUAAAAAGAAACUGUUCAGGAGGCACUCGAUGCAGAUUGAGCAGAUGAAGCAGCUCUCUGACUUCGAGGAGAUCAUGACUUAG